AAUCAAAGACGAUAGAACUCUUUGACUUUCGAAAUCGUUCGUUGUUUUUUUAAUACGUAUGAGAUAUCACUUGUUGUCAGAUAAUAAAUGUACUGCAGUAAAAGAGAAAUAAUAUUGUUGUUACAAGGCACGAACUUGGAUUUAUGUGAUAUACAAUUAAUUACGACUCUUUGUAUUGUUUAAUAAAGUUAUUCAUUUAUUUAUAUCUAAUCCUUGAUAUCCAUGCUUUGCCAGUGUGCAGACAUGGCCUUCUCUGUGUCUCGCUCUUCAAAAAUUGUGCAGCAGAGAUUACAACAAAUUUUUUAUCGUGCUUAUUCGGAUGUCAAAUAUCCAAAAAUUACAACUCAUUAUACCAUAGUACCGAGAGAAACAGAUCCAAGAUGGAAAGAUGUGAAUAUGGAAAGAUUCGUAGACGAGACAGAUAUAUUAAUUGUUGGUGGAGGUCCAGCAGGAUUGUCAGCAGCUAUACAAGCUCGAAGAUUAGCAGAGAAGCAUGGAAAAGAACUUAGGGUUACUUUAGUGGAAAAAGCUUCUACUGUAGGAGGACACAUUCUUAGUGGUGCAUGUUUAGAUCCAAUUGCCUUGGUUGAACUCUUUCCAAAUUGGAAAGAAUUAGGUGCACCGUUACAUACACCAGUGACGGAAGAUAAAUUUGCUUUUCUUACAGAAAAAGGAAGAAUAUCGAUACCUAUUUUCAAGGGUAUGCCUAUGUACAAUCAUGGGAAUUAUAUAGUUAGAUUAGGCCAUGUUGUAUCAUGGCUUGGAGAACAAGCUGAAGCUGCAGGUGUAGAAAUAUAUCCUGGUUAUGCUGGCUCAGAAGUUUUAUACCACGAAGAUGGUUCCGUGAAAGGAAUAGCAACAAAUGACGUUGGAAUUGCAAAAGAUGGUUCUCCAAAAGAAACUUUUGAAAGAGGUAUGGAGUUACAUGCAAAGUGUACUAUCUUUGCUGAAGGUUGUCACGGUCAUCUUACUAAACAACUUUCGAAGAAACUUAAUUUGAGGAAGGACUGUGAACCGCAAAGCUAUGGUAUAGGAUUGAAAGAAAUAUGGGAAAUUGAUCCUAAGAAACAUAAGCCUGGUUCAGUAGAACACACGGUUGGUUGGCCAUUAGAUAAGAAUACAUAUGGUGGAUCAUUUUUAUAUCAUCUCAACGAAGAAACACCGCUUGUUGCAGUAGGUUUCGUUGUAGGAUUAGAUUAUUCUAAUCCUUACUUGCAUCCAUUUAAAGAAUUUCAAAGAUUCAAACAACAUCUUAGCAUUAGGCCUACUUUCGAAGGAGGAAAGAGGAUAGCUUAUGGUGCAAGAGCAUUAGUAGAAGGUGGAUUUCAAUCCCUUCCAAAGCUUCAAUUUCCUGGUGGUUGUUUGGUUGGUUGUACGGCAGGUUUUCUCAAUGUACCUAAAAUCAAAGGUACGCACAAUGCUAUGAAGAGUGGUAUGUUAGCAGCAGAGAGUGUGGUUGAAGCUAUCAUAGAAGCAGAAACGAAUCCUUCGUCAAGCAAAGGUCUUGAACCAAAAACUUAUUCUGAAAAAAUAAAGAAUAGUUGGAUAUACAAAGAAUUAAAGGCUGUUAGAAAUAUGAGACCAAGUUUUCACACGACUCUUGGUCUUUAUGGAGGAAUUAUGUAUUCUGGAUUUUCUAUGUUGAUCGGUGGAAGAGAACCUUGGACCUUUUCUCAUGGAGGACCUGAUCAUGCAAAAUUAAAACCUGCAUCUAAGUGUACACCAAUCGAAUAUCCAAAACCGGAUAACGAGGUAUCAUUCGAUUUAUUAUCGUCGGUCGCUCUUACUGGAACAAAUCACGAAGGGGACCAACCACCUCACUUGACUUUACAAGACGACACUGUGCCAGUAAAAAAAAACUUGGCUAUAUACGAUGGCCCCGAAGGUCGUUUUUGUCCCGCGGGAGUGUACGAGUUUGUUCCAAUUGAAAGUGGCGAUGGCGAGAGAUUACAGAUCAAUGCACAAAAUUGCAUUCACUGUAAAACUUGCGAUAUCAAAGAUCCCAGUCAAAAUAUUAAUUGGGUUGUACCAGAGGGUGGCGGUGGUCCAGCUUAUAACGGAAUGUGAACGGACAAUCUAUAGACUGUAUUCUAUUCACGAGUGAACGUUGUUUUUUUAUAUCGAUUUUUGCAAACUGCGUGGAUAUUAUUUGUAAAUAAUUAGUUAAACAAAGUGAAGGUAUUCAAAUUUGUAUAAAAAAUGUUGUAUAAUUAGCGAAUGACCGUUUAAAAAAUGAGAAUUGUAA